ACUAGUCUAGUCACUCAUGCUUAUGAUCUUCACAUGUGAUGUGAGUAAGCACUAAGCACGGGCCUGCUAAACGUACAUUUAAAACAACACCCUGUCGCUCCACUCCCCACUGUUCUCUUGUGAACUCCUCCAACUCCAAACUCAAAAUACAAGUAAACAAAAAACUAAACUAUAAAAAAAACCUACAUGAUUUUAACUUCCAAAUAAAGUUGUAAUAAAACAAGGAAUAAAGUUAAAAGUAUGUUGAAGAUGCAGAGUUUCACUUUAUUUCCUCGUAAAUUAUCUCCCUCCCCAGUAGAUAUAGUAUAUGCUUAUAUAGCUUGGUACAAAUAACCAAGACAUAUACUAAAAUGCAUUUCUCGUUGAUUUUCCUAUGUGCUCUAGGAUUAUUAUUUCUCUUAACCAAUAGUUAUGAUGGGCCUCUUUAUGAUUCUUCAGCUUAUACAGAGUGCAAAGUACAUCCCGAGGACCCACUAUACAAUGGAGGAAUCCUACAAGCUUACAGAAAAUUUUACAUUAGUGAUGCAUCUUCACCCACUUUUAUGUUGCAUAAUCUUUCCAAUGCUUUUUACACCUUCUCUGCUUGGGUAAUGAUAGAGGGAGUUGGUUCAACUUUAGUAAGAGCAAGCUUAAGAACAGAACAUGCAACAUUCAGUUGUAUUGGAAGUGUAAUAGCAAAGCAAGGAUGCUGGUCCUUUCUAAAAGGAGGAUUUGUCCUAGAUUUACCUUCAGAUAAUUCAAUUCUCUAUUUUCAGGAUUAUGAUGGAAAAUCCAGUAACAUAUCAGUUGCUAGUGCAUCCUUGCAGCCUUUUAGUGAAGAACAAUGGAGAUUAAAUCAGCAAGCCAUAAUUAACAGAGAACGAAAGCGCUUUGUGACAGUUCAUGUAUCAAAUUUGCAUGGAGAGAGGCUUGUAGGAGCUUCAAUAAACAUUCAGCAAAUAUCCAAAGAUUUCCCUAUUGGAUCCGCCAUUGCCGCUACCAUUCUUGGAAAUCUUCCCUACCAGAGUUGGUUCUUGAAGAGAUUUGAUGCAGCAGUAUUUGAGAAUGAGCUGAAAUGGUAUGUGACAGAACCAGAACCAGGAAAGACCAACUACACAUUAGCUGAUCAGAUGCUGGAAUUUGUCAGAGCAAACCAGAUAACUACAAGAGGCCACAACAUCUUCUGGGAACACUUAAAGUACACUCCACCAUGGGUUACCAAACUUGAGGGGACCGAGCUUCAAGGAGCUGUUAACUCUCGAAUUUCGGGCCUGAUGGACAGAUACAGAGAAGAGUUCAUUCACUGGGAUGUCAACAAUGAGAUGCUCCACUUUGAUUUCUACGAGCAGCGACUCGGUCCUCAUGCCACCUUGGAGUUCUUCAAGACGGCCCACCAGGCCGACCCAUUAGCCACCUUGUUCAUGAAUGAGUUCAAUGUUGUUGAAACUUGUAAUGAUGCUAAUUCCACAGUUGAUGAUUAUGUUAGAAGGUUAAGGGAGCUUAAAGAAGGAGGAGUUACAAUGGAUGGAAUUGGCCUAGAAGGGCACUUCACUGUUCCUAAUCCUCCCUUCAUUAGGGGUGUCCUAGAUAAGUUGGCUACCCUUGGACUUCCCAUUUGGCUCACUGAAAUUGAUAUUUCUCAAACCAUUGACAAACAAACACAGGCUGUAUACUUGGAGCAAGUAAUGCGAGAAGGAUUUUCACACCCAUCAGUAAAAGGUUUAAUGCUAUGGACAGCCCUAGAUCCAAAGGGAUGUUACCAAAUGUGCCUUACUGAUAACAAUUUUAAUAACCUCCCAGCUGGAGAUACUGUUGAUAAGCUAUUAGAAGAAUGGCAAACUAGGAGAGUAGAGGGAGUUACAGAUCAGCUUGGUUCAUUUAGUUUUCAUGGAUUUUUAGGGGAGUAUACUAUUAUGGUUAAACAUGGAAAUAAAACCAAAAAUUUGUCAUUAUCAUUAAGCGGAGGACACGAAACUAGAUUUGUUAACCUUCAACUGUAACCAUAUAUUAUACUCCAUUUAUACACUUUGAUUGCAAUAUUCA